GCCAGGACUCCCCGCUGCUCAAUCGAUGUGCGGUGAGAAGCGUGAGGGGGCAGCCUGUCCCCGCCUUUGUCCCAUGUUCCAUCCCGCGGUGGUGACCUCCCUCCACCUCCGCCGGCCCCUGAACAAUGCUUCUCCACUGCCAUCUGGUGGCCUCCCAGGGGCAUGACACCCCCCCGCCUGCCCUCCUCCCACCUUGGGGGCCGCAGAUCGAGGCGAAGCCAACGGAAACCACUCCCACUCAUUCGGACAACUCAGGAGGCCGCCAGGAUCACUGGCGUCGUGACGCUGAGCCCCACUGGGACUUUCAGGAUCCAGCAAUGGGACACACGCAGACACGACUUCCUAGAGUCGGCUCCGGGUCUGGGAAUGUUUGUGACUGUUACAACCUACAAUGAUGAGGUGUUAUUGUCCAAGUUAUAUGGCCCACAGGGAACAUUCUAUUUUACUUCACAUUCACCUGGCGAACACAUCAUUUGCUUGGAAUCUAACUCUACAAGGCUUGUGUCAUUUGGAGGGAGUAAGCUGCGGAUUCACUUAGAGAUCCGAGUUGGACAACACGACCUUGAUGCAGCCGCUGCUCAAGCGAAGGACAAAGUUAAUGAAGUUAGCUUCAAGCUGGAACGUCUAAUUGAGCAAAUUGAGCAAAUAGUCAAAGAACAAAACUAUCAAAGGGACCGUGAAGAAAAUUUUCGAAUGACCAGCGAAGAUACAAACAGCAAUGUGUUAUGGUGGGCUUUUGCACAAACAUUAAUCUUCAUCGCAAUUGGAAUUUUCCAAAUGAAACACCUUAAAGACUUCUUUAUAGCUAAGAAACUUGUUUAAGAUGUUAACAAAGAAAACUACUUGCUAAUUUGCAUAAUGUUUGGUUAAUAAAUCAAUAUGUAUUCAUAA